AUCUAAAUAAAAUUGAUGGUCAAGAGCAAAAGGUAACUUAAAUAUUUAAUUUUUUUGCCCACUCAUCAUAUCAUUCGUCUUUUAGGUUAUCGUAUACAAACAGCUACGUACCUUAUUACAAGAGACCGAUGUUACUUCAUUUAGGGAUAUGAUACAAAAUUUUCAAAUUUCUCUUCUAUCUUCUGGUAAUACCCAAGAAUUUGGUCAAUAUUUUCAAAAAUGUUAUCUGCACAAUAUGGAAUCCUGGGCGUACUGUUAUCGCUUGCAUGCAGGAAUAAAUACAAAUAUGAGCAUAGAACGAAUGCAUCAAACGAUUAAAUAUUUGUAUUUAAAUGGAAGACAAGUACGAAGGCUGGAUAAAACUAUCAAUAUCUUGAUUAAAUUAAUUAAAGACAAAUUGUUUGAACGGCUUAUUACGUUGAAUAAAGGUAAAAUAUCCAGCAAAUUACGAGAGUUACGGAAAAGGCACAAAACAAGUCUUAAUUUAGAUAUGGACACCAUUGUCAUGUCUGAAAUGAGCUGGGAGAUACCAUCAAGUUCAACCAAUGAUAUCUAUUUAGUUCAGAAAAACAAACCCAGUUGUGACUGCCAAUUAGUCUGUGAUUUGUGCCAAUCCUGUCUACAUUCAUAUUCCUGUACAUGCUUGGAUAACAGUAUAAGAUGGAAUAUGUGCAAACACAUACAUCUUGUGUGUCAAUUUAUGAAAGGCCAUCAAAUUCAAGAUACUAAUGCAGAUGAAGAACAUAUAAUAAAUACAGAUGAGGUAAAAAUUAAACAAGCUACAGAGCAAGCUAAAUUUGUGAGUAAGUCUUGUAAUAUCAAUCAAGAAAAAACGUCCAAACAACUGGAAGUUGAAAAACAGAAAUUGAUAGAAAUACAAACCCAAAUAAUUCAAAAUAUAACAACUUUUGAACAACUUGAGGCAUUUAAAAGUAUUACAGCACCCUUGGUGCCUACAUUAAGGACAUUAGCAGAACAUUCUGGAAAUGAACUUAAUAUUGUGGCACUAUCUCAUGGCACACAAAACAUUCCACACAAUAAAAAAGUAGUUGCUCAAAAACGUUUAUUUUCCACCAAGAAAAAAACUACAAAGUCAAAAAAAAAGCUGUUAUCAAAACCUGUUGCUGAAGAAACAAAUUUGAUAGCAAAUCAAUUAAUGCUACAAGUAAAUAAUGUGCUCUUUAAUUAGAAUAAAAUCUUUAUUUGUAUACAUUAUUAAUUUGUUUGAUUUUCUCACCUAUUCUAAUUCAUAUUGAAAAUAUUGUAGGCAUUAAUACUUUAAUAACAUUUCCUAACGUACCUACUCUGAAAGCAAUUUAUGAUAUUAUGUCUGUCUUGUAACAUUAAUUCGUAAUUUCAUCAGCACCAAUAAUAUUUAUUAAUACAUAAUAUAAUAAUU